AUGACGUACCGACGUGAUUCCGACUUCACCUUAGUUCACGGCCAGUUUACAAAGUCGUCAGGAUACGACGAACACGCCCUCGAUACUCUUAUCAAAUCGAAGAAAAAUGCGGUGGUUGGGUUUAUUAGCCAUUGUAAAACUCUAGCGAAAAGAAGUGAGUAUAUCGAAAAACUAAGGUCAUACGGUAUAGCCAUUGACGUGUAUGGCAGGUGUGGAAAGCAUACCUGCCAUUCCGGAGGGGACAGAUGGAAGGCAGUAUGGAACUCCACAUCAACCGUUAAAGACAAGAACAAUUGCUUUAAUGUGCUUGACAGCUCUCCGUGGGAACUCACAGAGUAUCUCAAGGAACUUGUACGUCCCUAUGAACCAACUCGGACACUGAGGUCACAGUCUGGUGCAUUGCUUAUUUCCCCCAAAGCAAGGGCUGCCACAUAUGCUUUGAUACAGCAGCAGCACACUUGUGGAAUAAUCUUCCAUUUUCCAUGA